AUGACUUGUUACACCGGUGGCAAGACUGUUUUUAGCGAUCACCAAAUACCUCAGCCGCAACUUAGCAAGGAAGCAUCAUCUGUUCUCAUUGACCUUGGGGAGGCUGUGCAGUUGAAUGCGACCCGUGAUGAGGUCGGUGUGCUCAUUGAUGGUACACUAUUGCAAGAGGUCUACGUCAGGAACGCUUGUCUGCAAGCCAUCCAGCCAUUCGAUUUGACUGAUCUUGAUUGGUCUCCGCAACUUUGGAUAGCCUGCCAUGACGAUGACGAGCAGAAUGCCCGUCUCGCUAAUCACGUGUGGGAGGAUAAUGGCUUGGAUGUGCCAGAAGACUUCGUUGACAAGCUCAUGAGCUAUCUCGAGCACAUCAAUGCGUACGUUCGAACCAGCACGCCAUCAGCCAUCGCGGAGGCUGUAAUUUAUUGGCCUCGAAAGAGUGCACUGACCAUAGCUGCUCUACAAGACUUCUACCGGGAAAAGGCUAAAAUUCUUGCACCCGAGUUCGACCAAUAUGCUACCCGGGUGGCAGUGGCCCUUGCAUUUGAGCACUUGGCUCUGUCAUUCACAGAGGACCAGGUUAAACCGUUCUUCAUAUUCUUGAUUAAGGACGAAGCAUUGGGUGACAGGUCAUCGGACGUGCGCCGCAGAACGCUUCGGGCUGGAACUGCUGUGAUCGAUAUCCAUGGCUCAAAGCGGCUUGCGGGGCUACUCUCGACUUUUGAAGAACAUCUAGGUGGCCCGAGUGCUGCGAAUGAAACUGGGGAUCAAAUCAAGGAAGCCGUUGUCAUUCUGUUUGGACCCGUUGCCAGGCAUCUCGACGCUUCGGAUACACGCAUUCCCAGCAUUGUCGACCAACUGGUCGAAGCUCUCAAAACUCCGGCGGAACAAGUUCAAAUAGCUGUUUCCGACUGUCUUGUCCCCCUAGUCAAACUCAUGGGCCCGGGUGUUCGCACGCUCGUUGAUCACUUAUUUGAGGAACUUUUCGAUGGAUCGAAAUAUGCCAGUCGACGGGGAGCUGCCUAUGGUCUUGCAGGUACCAUCAAGGGUUUGGGAAUAGGCGCCAUGAAAGAAUAUGAUGCCACCAACUGCCUCCGGACAGCUCCUGAGCCAUACAUCACAAAUAUCCUCCCCGUUCUGUUGACCGUAUUCGGUGACACAACAGCAGACGUACGCGAGGCUGCUCAGGAUGCAGCAAGGGUAAUCAUGGGUAAUAUGUCCGGGUAUGGCGUUAAGCUCAUUCUCCCUUCAUUAUUGUCUGAUUUGGAUGAGAAACAGUGGAGAUCUAAAAAGGGUUCCAUCGAAUUGAUGGGCAUGAUGGCUUACUGCUUGCCCCGACAACUAUCACUAUCACUGCCCAUCAUCAUUCCGCGCCUUACUGGCGUUCUGAUGGAUACCCAUGCUCAGGUCAAAACUGCGGCCAACAAGAGUCUAAAACAGUUUGGAGAAGUGAUCAAUAACCCUGAGAUACAGGCUCUUGUUCCGACGCUACUGAAAGCACUUGUGGAUCCUGCGAAGAUGACAAACACUUUGUCAGCCCUCCUGAAGACAUCAUUUAUGCACUACAUUGAUCACUCUUCUCUGGCGCUGGUCAUUCCCAUUAUCGAGCGUGGAUUACGGGAACGAGGGACGGAGGGCAAGAAGAGAGCCACCCAGAUUGAUUUUGUGCCGUACUUGUCUUCGCUCUUACCGUUGGUGCAUGUCGUUCUGGUUGAUCCCGUGCCAGAAGCACGUGCGACUGCUGCAAAGGUGCUCGGGACGCUCGUUGAACGUCUCGGAGAAGCCCACUUCCCUGACAUUGUCCCUGGACUUUUGAGAACCCUCAAGACCGACACCUCUGGUGUUGAUCGACAAGGCCUUCUCCCUGACAUUAUUGCAAAUGCGCAGUCCCCUCGGAGUACCGUCAGGGAAGGUUUCAUGUCUCUCCUCGUAUAUCUACCAGCUACCUUCGGCGCUCAAUCCCAACCACAUUUACCGAAAAUCAUAUCCCCCAUAUUGAGCGGACUGUCUGACACAGAAGAGUACAUUCGGGAAGCUGCUAUGCGAUUGACUUGCUCCUGCCUGAACUUGAGCAAGGCAUGUUCGAUGCUGGUUGGCGCAUUAGGCGAAGAGUUCGAACAGCAAGAGACUGCCAGUCGUACCACGGCAGAGCUAAGCCGCAAGUCUGGCAAGAAGGUUCUGGGCAAAAAAUUUUCAAUUCUUCAUACCAAGUCGCAUUCUCCUGAUAUUUGUACUCGCGAAGAUGUUUGCCUUAUGCUGUGCAAUUGUCUCACGGCAUUUAGCGAGAGCACAUCCGAUGCACAACGUGAUGGCCAUGAAAACAAAAUACUUAACAUGGUCCGUGCCUCUCUAGUGGAUGACGACGCUAGUGUACGUUCGGCAGCUGCGAAGGCAUUCAAUGUGCUCCAAGAGCAUCUCGGUGUAAGAGCGAUUGACCAGACGAUCCCUACUUUGUUGGAGGCUUUACGCCAGCCUGGUGCAAGUUCAGACACUGCACUUCAAGCCUUGAGGGAGGUCCUGUCGGUCUGGGCGUCUACUGUGUUCCCUGUUCUCAUCCGGCCUUGA